UCCGGCGUGUUUAGGGCUUUCUCUGGCGAGCCGGGCAACGAUCGCAGACGGGGUGUAACGUUGUUCAUAAGAGAGCCAGGGUCUGUCUGUGCAGCAUCCUGCUGGGUGCACGGCGUGUCAUGGACGCAGUGAAGGAGGGUCACAAGAGCACCCUGACCUCGGGCAAAAUGGUGGCUCUGGCUGCAGGGCUCUCUGUCGGGGCCACAGUGGGCUACAUUGUCUAUCGUCAUAUAAGCAGCACUAACUUCAGUCAGGGGCCCGACACUGAGUCAUCCAAGAUGACCCUUCCUGUAGAGGUUUAUAGGAACAUAUCCAGAUACCAAGCCACGUUCUUGGACAUGGUGACCCAGAAGUCUGGAGCUCAUGUGAGGGUUUUGUCGGGGGAACCUGGAUGUCAGGCGGCUGUGUGUUUCCUGCUGCAGGGCUCUAAGGAGCAGGUCUUGCUGGCCCGCUGUGUCAUGGAGAACCUGAUUACUGACUGUGAACCUGUGACUGAGGUUUUAGAGGUUCCUCAGACAGCCUUUGGACGUAUAAUAGGCCGUGGCGGAGAGAGUUUGAAACUAAUCACCAGGAACACAGGGGCCAAAGUGGAUUGUUCAAAAGAUAAGACGCAUAGUCCCGGGAGAAAGGGCAAUGUGACAAUCACAGGGACCAGACAGGAAGUGAAACAGGCUAAGGAGCUGAUUCUAGAAAAGGUUAGAGAGGACAUGACGGUGAGGACAAAGAUAUCUCAGUCAUCUGCCCUGCGGCAGAAACGCGGCCAUGUCGCUGUGAAUCAGAGGCAAGACAGCACAGAGAAUGAAGCUCCGGUGGGCUUGAACAACAACAGUCCCUACUUCCAGACAGAGAAAAAUGGCCUCAUCCAUGCCAAUGGAACCGCAAGAGAACCAGAAGAUAUUAAUGACAAGGAUCUGAAAGUCACAAACGCAGACAACAAAGAGGAGGAGAGCGUCUCCACGGACUCUCUGUCUGAAAUGUCCAAGUUUGAAAUUCCCAGCCCAGACCUGAGCUUCCAGCCUGAUGAACAUCUAGAGGUUUAUGUUUCUGCUUAUGAGAAUCCAAACCACUUCUGGAUCCAGAUCCUGGGUGUUCGCUCCCUGCAGCUGGACAAACUGACCGAGGAGAUGAACCGCUUCUACAACAGUGGCAACUCCGCUCAGCAGAGGGUGGAGACCAUUGUGGUGGGGGACAUUGUGGCUGCUCCAUACCGAGACCACGGCACAUGGAACAGGGCUAGGGUGCUGGGAGUCCUGGGCUCUGGACUGGUGGACCUUUACUAUGUUGACUUUGGGGACAACGGGGAGCUUCCCAGAGACAGCCUCUGCCGUAUGAGGAGUGACUUCCUCAGCUUGCCAUUCCAAGCAAUUGAGUGCAACUUAGCAGGAGUGAGACCAAAAGGAGAGGAGUGGACUGAGGCUGCCCUGGAUGAGUUUGAGCAGCUGACUCACUGUGCGUUGUGGAGACCCCUGCAGGCCAAACUCUGCAGCUACUCUCACUCUGAGAUCUCCUCCUGGCCCAGUGUCAAGCUCUACGACAACACUGAGGGCAAGACUGUAGAUAUUGGUGAGGAGCUGAUACGGCUGGGCCAUGCUGUCAGCUUCCAGGAGGUGGUGAACGGGAGGACUGAGGGUGACAAUCUUGGCUGUCUGCAGAGGAUGCUGGAUGAUGUAAUAGGAGCCUCAUCAGAGCUCAGUCUCUCCUGCAUCAGCUUGUCAGAAGCUGCCUCAAUCUCAGGAAGCGUUGAUGACGUCAUAGAGGAUGAGCUGCUCUGAGACCAAAGACGUACAUAAAUAUCAAGCACUGACCAUCCACUCCUCAGCAUCAGUUCAAAUGAGAUGAAGGGGACAUUUCCUCUUCUGACCCAAACCCAACCGCAUAAAUCCUCAUCGUGAAGCCUUACCUACGUGACAAGCGUGCAACAGUUCUUCCAGCCAUAUUCACUUUAUUACAUAAUUAAUUCUUAUGUUUUGCCUUUAUGCUGUUCUGUUGUGCCCCACACUGCGUUGCUUAUGUGUGUUAUUACUAUAUUUUGUGUUCUGGAAAAGAAGAGGAACAAAAACAAAUGCCAGUAUUAUUUUUGAAAAGCACUGUGAAAUGAGUCAGUGGAAUCUGAGUGCAGCUGGUUAGCAGUUAUUAUGUGUUUUAAGAUUAAUGGCCUAUAUUUUGGCCUUCACAAGUGGUUAUAUUUUGCAAAUGAAACCAUACAGUAUUAUUGAAUUUACUCCUCUGAAAAAUCUGGCAUCCGUUGUAUCGUUAACAAAGGACUGAGGGAAGUGUUCAUUUGUUUUCAGAGGUGUAAUAGACUGCACUAUAUAUAAAAGGAUUUAUUUUAUGUCACAA